UCCGCUUCCGGCAGCACCACAUAAAUCGCGAGAGGACGCUUAAAUCUUGACGCUUGCGUUUAGGACCACUUCGAUAUCCAAUUGCUUCAGCAUCAUUUAUCGAAAAGACCAUCUCUUCCCACAUCGUAUUGAUGCCUUUGUUGUUCAUGAUGGUUCGUAGUGGAAAAAAUGGUGACCUUCAUCUUAAACAGAUUGCAUAUUAUAAACGAAUUGGUGAAUAUCAUCCAACUACACUGCCUAGUGAGAGAAGUGGCAUAAGAAGAGCAGCAAAAAAAUUUGCCUUCAAAGAAAAAAAGCUGUUUUAUGUCGGAAAAGACAGAAAACAAAAUCGUUUGGUAAUUGUUUCAGAAGAAGAAAAAAAGAAAGUCCUAAGAGAAUGCCAUGAAAAUGACACUGGAGCCCAUCAUGGCAUAUCCAGAACCCUUACUCUAGUGGAAUCCAGCUACUAUUGGACUUCUGUGACCAAUGAUGUCAAACAGUGGGUAUAUGCUUGUCAGCAUUGCCAAGUGGCAAAAAAUACGGUUAUUCUAGCACCUAAACAGCACCUUCUCAAAGUGGAGAAUCCAUGGAGUAUAGUUACUGUUGAUCUGAUGGGCCCUUUUCAUACAAGCAGCAGAAGUCAUGUAUAUGCUAUAAUCAUGACAGAUUUGUUCACAAAAUGGGUUGUGAUUUUGCCUCUUUGUGAUGUUUCAGCAUCAGAAAUUUCUAAAGCUAUUAUCAAUAUAUUUUUCUUAUAUGGACCUCCUCAGAAAAUAAUAAUGGACCAAAGAGAUGAGUUCAUUCAUCAGAUCAAUGUAGAACUGUGUGAAUUGUUUGGUACAAAGCAAAUUGUAAUUUCUCAUGCCUCCCAAACUAUUAAUCCAACUGUAAGUACACCUAGCACAAUCAAAACAUUUCUUUCCAAACACUGUGCUGACUACCCAAACAACUGGGAUGAUCACCUAGCAGCUGUUUCGUUUGCCUUCAACGUUACUCACUCGGAACCUACUAAAAAUACACCGUAUUUUCAAAUGUUUAAUAGAAAUCUUUACAUGCCUGAGACUUCAGAUAUUCUUCGUGAAGUGGAUGGUAAUAAUACAAGUAUGUUUGCCAGAAUUCUAGGUGCAAUUAAAGAAGCUGAUAAAGUAAUGGAGAAUAAGACAACUUCAGCGGGCCAGAUGGAGAACAACAGUUUUGAUGAACUAAAUAAAAGCAAAAUCAUUGUUAAAAAGAAACCAAAGCAAUUAAAUCCAUUUCAACUAAAAGUAGGUCAUGAAGUCUUAAGACAAAGGAAAAACUGGUGGAAGGAUGGUCGUUUCCAAUCUGAAUGGGUUGGUCCUUGUGUCAUAGACUAUAUUACAGAAAAUGGAUGUGCUGUUCUGAGAGACAACACUGGGACAAGACUUAAAAGACCCAUCAAAAUGUCCCACCUCAAGCCCUAUGUAAGAGAAUCCAGUGAACAAGACAGUCUUUAUCUCUUACAAGGUUCAGUAGUGGCAGAUCAUGACUACAUUGGAAUGCCUGAAAUUUCAGUUGGAGCAUACCAAGCAAAUAUUCUGGUAGAAGAUGCAACUAUUGGAGUAGUCGACAAUGAAUUACUGACAUCAAGCAAGGAUCGUGAACUGUUAGAAUAUAGAAAUGCCAAAAUCUCUCCCUUGAUAGAAGAUCAUAGUACUCUUGAAAAGCAGACUUUUAGUCUCUUGGACUCUUCAAACCAAGUCCUUGAGUACUUAAGUUAGUGAACACCAAAAUUCAUUUAAAGUGAUUGUUUAGAAAGUAUAUCUCCUUGAAUCUUGUUAUCUUUUCCAUUCAAAAAGGUUAUUUAGAAAAAGUAUCUUGACAAACUCUUAAUGACUAAAUCCUGAAGAUUUAUUUUAUAACUAUUUAUUUAUCUAAAGUUGUGCCUCAUUUGAAUGUCAGUGCAUAUAUAUAUAUGCAAAGGAAGUAUAUUACAUAGAUGUCAUUUUUUCUUCUAAAAAGAGAACAGGCAAAGCAUGCUUGCUUCUUAGGAAGUAAACUAAAUUCUAGCUCAAAACUUUGUUUGAUAUUGGUACCAUGUUUUCAGUUUUAAUUUUUUUUUAAUAUUCCCCCCUUUUAAAAAAUGUUUGAACUACCUGGAAUUGCAUUAAUAAAUAUUUAUUAAAUGUG